CAGGUGCUGCAGUCCGCAGUCUUGCAGCUCUCUGACUUUCUACUAUCAGGAUCCACAAAGUCUCAAAGAUGAAGGUGGUCUUAGCUCUCAUCGUUGCACUCCAAGUCUCGGUGUGCCUAUGUGAAAUUCCACCUCCCGAUAAGGAGCUUGUGGACAAGUAUGAGGCAUUGAAGACAGUCUUCCUGAAAAGGCUUGUAAAUGCCUAUGAGGAGACCGUUUCUACCCUCGGGACCUUGGGAGAAGGCACAAUCACAGGCGAGAAGGCCAAGGAGAUUGUGCAGCUCAUGAAAGAAAACGAGAGACUGCAAGCUUAUAAAUCGUUGGCCGCUGGUGUAGCUGAGGAGUUGCAGCCUGCUGUAGAAAAGGCUGGUCUGGCCGCUCUGGGUGCAUAUGCUGAAUAUCUGCGCCCCUACAUCGGCGUCUACCUUGACACCGCUAUUAACAACGCCAAACCCGUGCUGGAUGCUUAUUUGCCUUCUGAAAAGCACUAAAUCAAUUCAGCGGGAAGUCCAACAAUCCCCCCUCCCAUCCAAGUGUGAAGCCCUGAAAGCUAAGCUGCUUUAGCUUUAUGUAUAACAUUCCUAACAAAACAGAAAUCAGUUGUGUACGGCCAUAACAUGCAUUUCAUCAAAAGAAAAGAGCUAACUGUGUGAUAGCUAGUCAUGUUUUUAGCAAAGAACACCAUGCAGGCAUAGAUCAUUGGCUUGUACUGUACAUAUUCGUGUAUUUUGAUGCUCUCCUGUAUAAUUAAUAUGAACAACGUCAUCUGUUCAGCAUAAAUAAAGAAUAAAAAAACAA